AUGAGCAAAGAUAACGGAGAUGAUACAGCACAGGUUGAUUCUGUGACUGUAGAUGCUGAUGAUGCUAAGAGGGAGAAGAUUGAGCAAAUCGAAAAAUACAAGCAAGAGUCAACCUUGCUAAUCCACAACAUCAAACAACUACAACAAUUGAACAACAAAUUGAACAAUGAUCUUGUUUAUAUUCAAGAUUACGUUAGUAAACUUAUAAAACAAUGA